AGAAACUCCACCUCAGCGGGCUGUGACCGUGACUAUCAAUCGCACCGAAGAGACCAGCUACGACAAGUGCGUAAUUUGUUUCCAUGCCUCUUGCCCCGGUAUAAGAACUGUCAAUCAAAUCCAUUAUGAACGUCUUGUUAAUGCAGCAAAGCAGCUGAGGGGACGAGAAUAGCUUGAGAAGUGACCGCAGGUUGGCUGCGUUUGCAGCCAGGAGAGGAGGGGGAAAGAUGCCUUCCCCAUCUUUUACCCUCGAUGCUCAGCUAAGAUUUCAUGACAAAUGGCUGAAAAUAGACUUACAGCGAGCAUUCUCUCCGGAGGGCCUGAGUGAGAUGUGGAAUGAAAUGGUGAAAGAUGAGGAGAUUACUUUCAGUGGAGAUGAAUCAGCUCACCCAGAAGAUUGCACAGAUUGUUUUGCAACUCAGAAGAAGGAUGAACCCAAUGAUAAAGAGAAGAAAGAGGAGGAGGAGACAACAACAGCGUCUGUACAUCAGUCCAUCAUUGAGACAUGGGAUUGGGGACAGCAACCAGAUGAUACAGAGCUGAAGGACUGUUUGAUGGUGCUUGUUGAUGACCAGCAGAAACUCUCAGUCCAAAUGGCCAAAAGCACCUUGUCCGCCCAGCGCCUGCGCCAGCGUCUGGUCAUCCUGGAGCGCUACCUCAUCUCCCUCAGCCACAGCAUGAUGGAGGAGAAGUACAAGGUCCGGUGGAAGACGCCCCCCAGCCCACCACUGCCUGCCGCUGACAAUAAGAGCACUCGUCCAGCCAGUAAAGGUGUUGAAGGUUUGGCCAGGGUGGGCUCCAGGGCAGCUCUCUCCUUUGCUUUUGCUUUCCUGCGACGGGCAUGGAGGUCAGGAGAUGAUGCCGAUCUGUGCAGUGAGCUUCUCCAGGAGUCUCUGGAUGCCCUGCGGGCCUUACCUGAGGCCACGCUGUUCGAUGAGGGAACAGUGUCAUCGGUGUGGCUGGAAGUGGUUGAGAGAGCCACAAAAUUCCUCAGUGAUGUACAUGGAAGUGCCAGCACCAAAGGUAACAUUCCUCUCCACGACCAGCACCUCGUCCUGGCCAUCCUGCUGGAGCUUGCCGUACAGAGGGGUACUUUGAGCCAGCUUCUGUCUGCCAUUCUGCUGCUGUUGCGUCUGUGGGAAAACGGCACCAGAGAGAUGGAUAACGAGCGGUCGACCCAGGGCACCAGCGCUCCUCUGCUGCCCCUCCUGCAGCGCUUUCAAAACAUAUACAGCAGCAAGGAGGAGCCUGUUCCUGAGGACGACACUGAGAUCCUCGCAGCCCCCCUCAGUCCAAAUGAGAGUUUCCUGCGGUACCUGACCUUGCCUCAAGAUAACGACCUGGCCAUUGAUCUCCGACAAACGGCUGUGGUGGUCAUGGCUCACCUGGACCGUUUGGCUUCACCCUGCACUCCUCCACACUGCAACUCCCCCUCAUCACACAAGGGAUCUUCACAGGAAGUGAUUGCCUGGGGUCUGCUGGGCUGGAAACGUUAUGCCAAUUUGAAUGGACCCAUUCAGUGCAAAGCCCUGUCAGGCCUCGGGGUCGCACAGAUAGUCUGCUCAGAAAAGGGCUUUCUCAUUCUCUCCAGCAGUGGGGCUGUUUACACCCAGAACUACAAGAGCACAACCCUGGCUCCUAUGUUGCUCCAUGUUCUGAGCUCCAGAAAGAUUGUAAAGCUGGCUGCCCAUCCUGACGGGCAGCACUACUUGGCUCUGUCGUCCAAUGGGGAGUUGUUCUCUUGGGGCUGUGGUGACGGUGGACGCCUUGGACAUGGAGACACCACAUACCUAGAGGAGCCUAAAAUGAUCGCAGCCUUUAACGGGAAGCAGACUGGAAAGCACGUGGUGCACGUAGCCUGCGGAAGCACGUACAGCGCUGCGAUCACUGCUGACGGAGAGCUCUACACAUGGGGCAGAGGGAACUACGGCCGACUGGGUCACGGCUCCAGUGAAGAUCAGACAACUCCCAUGUUAGUGACAGCUCUGAAAGGACUUAAAGUGGUGGACGUGGCAUGCGGAAGUGGCGAUGCCCAGACACUUGCAGUGACCGAAAAUGGUCAGGUGUGGUCCUGGGGAGACGGAGAUUAUGGCAAACUGGGUCGAGGUGGCAGCGACGGCUGCAAGACACCAAAGCUGGUGGAGAAAUUGCAGGACCUGAACAUGGUAAAGGUCUGCUGCGGCAGCCAGUUUUCAGUAGCCCUCACCAAAGAUGGCCAAGUGUACACGUGGGGCAAGGGAGACAACCAGCGGCUCGGACACGGCACAGAUGAGCACGUCCGCUAUCCAAAGUUGCUCGACAGCCUUGAAGGAAAGAAAGUGGUGGACAUUGCGGUGGGAUCGACACACUGCCUCGCUCUCACCGACGAUGAAGAAGUGCACAGCUGGGGCAGCAAUGAUAAGCUCCAGCACUUUGAUACGCUCUUCUCCAACAAGAAGCAACCCAAGGCGCUCCCAGGACUCAACUCCAAACAUAUAGUGGGGAUCUCCUGUGGCCCAGGACAGAGCUUUGCUUGGUCCUCUUGCUCAGAGUGGUCUGUUGGGCAGCGUGUGCCCUUUGUGGUGGAUGUUUGCCCCAUGACCUUUGAGCAGUUGGACCUGCUCCUGCGGCAGGUGAGCGAGGGCAUGGACGGCAGCUCAGACUGGCCUCCUCCACAGGAGAAGGAGUGCAUGGUAGUCUCGACACUCAACCUGCUCAGACUCCAGCUACACGCAGCCAUCAGUAACCAGGUGGAUCCCGAGGAGCUGGGGCUGGGGCUUGGCAGCGUGUUGCUCAACAACCUCAAACAAACGGUGGUGGUGCUUGCUAGCAACGCUGGGGUGCUCAAUACUGUUCAAGCAGCCGCCCAAGCUGUCCUGCAAAGUGGCUGGUCAGUGCUGCUGCCCACGGCCGAGGAGAGGGCGAGGGCACUGUCCUCACUGCUGCCCAACGCCGCAUCAGGAAAUGAGAUGAGUGUGAGUCCAGGGCGGCGCUUCAUGAUCGACCUGUUGGUCAGCAGCUUAAUGGCCGAUGGGGGGUUGGAAUCUGCUCUCAAUGCAGCCAUCACUGCCGAGAUACAGGAUAUUGAAGCCAAAAAGGAGGCCCAGAAAGAGAAGGAGAUCGACGAGCAGGAAGCAAAUGCCUCGACCAUGCACCGUUGUCGCACCACAUUGGACAAAGAUCUCAUCAACACAGGCAUUUACGAGUCAACGGGGAAGCAAAGCUUGCCCUUAGUGCAGCUUGUGCAGCAGCUUUUGAGGAACAUUGCCUCUCAGACCAUAGCCAGGCUGAAGGAUGUCGCGCACCGCAUUUCCAACUAUUUAGAGGCAGAGCAGGUCAGCAAGGAGCGCUCAGCUUCUUUGGAUCUGCUUCUGCGCUUCCAAAGGCUGCUGGUCAGCAAGUUAUACCUGGGUGUCACCGGCACAGAGAAUGUCAGCGGAUACAAUCCUGAGCUCCUGGGUGUCGGCUCGCUGUUGAAGAAGUACAUUGCUCUGUUGUGCACUCACAUUGGCGACAUCCUCCCUGUGGCCACAAGUAUCGCAUCUACUGGUCGACGACAUUUCGCCGAAGUUUCUCGAGUUAUUGAGGGAGAUUUAACGGGAGUCCUUCUUCCCGAGCUGGUGGUGUCCAUUGUUCUCCUCCUCACCAUUGACGCUGGCCUGAUGCAGGAAACAGGAUCCAUCCCUUUGCUGGCUGGACUCCUUGAGCACUUAGACCGUUUUAACCACCUGGCUCCAGGACAUGAGAGGGAUGAUAAUGAGGAUUUGGCCUGGCCAGGCAUUAUGGGCUCCUUUUUCACAGGGCAAAGUUCCAAGAACAAUGAAGAAGUUUCACUCAUCCGGAAGGCUGACCUGGAGAAUCAUAACAAAGAUGGCGGCUUUUGGACUGUGAUCGACGGGAAGGUCUACGACAUCAAAGACUUCCAAGCUCAGUCCCAGUCAUUAACAGGGAACAGCAUCUUGGCUCAGUUUGCAGGAGAGGAUCCUGUUGUUGCUUUGGAAGCUGCCUUACAGUUUGAGGACACCAGAGAAUCAAUGCAGGCCUUCUGUGUCGGCCAGUAUAUGGAGCCUAAUCAGGAGACAGUCACCACUCCAGACCUCAGCAGUCUGUCCUCCCCACUUAUUGACACUGAGAGAAAUUUGGGCCUGCUACUGGGUCUGCAUGCCUCUUACCUGGCCAAAAGCACCCCACUGUCCCCCAUGGAGAUCGAAUGUGCCAAAUGGCUCCAGUCCUCCAUAUUCUCAGGCGGUCUUCAAACCAGUCAGAUCCAUUACAACUACAAUGAAGAGAAAGAUGAAGACCAUUGCAGCUCCCUGGGUACAACCACCCCAGAUAAGGCCAAACUCUACUCCCGCAGAAUUACCCUCAGUGACCACGCACAGCCUUUCCUUCAGGCCAUUGCUGACAACAACACUCAGGACCACACUGUGAAGGACUUCUUAUGCCAAAUCGAGCGCUGCUGUAAGCAGUACCAUCUUAUUGCACCCAUCACCUUCCCUCCAGAACACCCCGUAGAAGAAGUUGGCCGCCUGCUGCUCUGUUGCCUGCUUAAACAUCAUGACCUCGGUCACAUUGCUCUCUCACUCGUAAGCCAGUGUGCCUUGGGUGUGGACCAAGGAAAACAAAGGUCUCUCCCUAAAUCUGUGAUUGACGUUUGCCGCAUGGUCUACCAGGCAAAGUGUUCUUUAAUUAAGACCCACCAGGAACAAGGUCGGUCUUAUAAGGAGGUGUGCGCCCCCGUAAUUGAGCGGCUGCGCUUUCUUUUCAACGAGUUGCGUCCAGCUGUGAGCAACGAUCUGUCAAUUGUUUCUAAAAUGAAGCUCCUGAGCUCUCAGCCACGAUGGAGGAGGAUUGCUCAGAAACUUAUCCGGGACCGAAGGAAAAAAAGAGUGCCUAAAAAGUCGGAGUCUGCUGACAUAGAAGAGCCAAAGCUGGAGAAUGAGGGGACCAAUGAAGAGGAGCUUAAUGUUCACAUCAGCCCCACUCCUGCUGACAGGAAAUCACCCACCGGAAAAACAUCCAAGCAGGACAAGUGGCAGCCGCUGCUAAACACUGUGACCAAUGUUCAGAGGUACCGGUGGCUGAAGCACAGUGUUCAUGGUGCCUUUUCUCAGUCCAGCCUCAUGGCCACUAUUGUGGAGUUUGCACUGAAAGAGGAGCCACUGGACGUGGAGAGGAUGAGAAAGUGUCUGCUUAAGCAACUGGAGAGGGCUGAGGUGAGACUGGAAGGCAUUGACACCAUGCUGAAGUUGGCUUCCAAAAACUUCUUGCUGCCAUCUGUGCAGUAUGCAAUGCUCUGCGGAUGGCAGAGGGUCAUACCAGAGGGGACCAACAUUGGGGAGCCCUUGUCUGACUGUCUUAAAGAUGUAGAUCUGAUCCCUCCCUUCAAUCGCAUGCUUUUGGAGGUGACAUUUGGGAAGUUGUACUCGUGGGCCAUCCAGAAUGUUCGCAACAUCCUGCUCGAGGCCAGUGCCCGAUUCAAAGAGCUAGGUGUGCAGCCUGUACCCCUGCAGACAAUCACCAAUGAGAACCCAGCUGGACCAAGCCUUGGGACCAUUCCACAGGCCCGCUUUCUUCUGGCCAUGAUACACAUGCUUUCACUGAAACAUGGGUCUAACAGCCUCAGUCUGUUGCUAAAUUCUGGCAUAUUGGCUCUGACACAGAGUAUACUCAGGCUCGUAGGACCCAGCACAGACAGCAGCGAAGAGGACCUCAGUUUAUGUGCACAUGGAGGCUCAGCCACGGUACUGGAGGAGUCUAGAAAGGAGUCGGCUCCUGCCCCCUUACCUGCAUCCGGCCCAGAGCUUGCUGCCAUGAUGAAGAUUGGCACCAGGGUCAUGCGCGGAGUUGACUGGAAAUGGGGAGAUCAGGAUGGUCCAGCACCAGGUCUGGGAAGGGUCAUUGGAGAGCUCGGUGAGGACGGAUGGAUCAGAGUUCAAUGGGACACAAACAGCACCAAUUCUUACAGGAUGGGCAAAGAGGGCAAAUAUGACCUGAAACUCGCAGAGCCUCCGCCAGCUGCUCAACCCACCGCUGAAGACUCAGACACUGAAGAUGACACAGAAGGUGAACCGAUGGAGAAAAGUAGCCAUCCCACUGCUAUGAUGCUGACCAGCACGGUCAACCUGCUGAAGACACUUUCUCUAUCUGCUGGGAUCUAUGCUGAGGUUCUGCAAACAGAUGCUACGCGCACUCUCUGUGGGCUGCUGAGAAUGCUCGUGGAAAGCGGAGCAAACGACAAAUCAGGCUGCCACUCUCACAGGUUGGUGUCCCGGGAGCAGCACAGGAGCUGGUGCACGCUGGGUUUUAUCCGCAGCAUAGCUCUAAAACCGCAGAUGUGCAGCACCCUCAGCACCUCGGCCUGGAUGGGUCUGCUCAUCCGAAUUGUAGAGGGACACCAGUCUUUCAAUGCGAUUACUCUGCAGAGACAGAUCCUGGCACUGCGUCUCCUGCAGGCGGUCCUUCCCUCAUGGGAGAAGACUGAGCGCUCCCAAGACAUGAGAUUCCUUGUGGAAAAGUUGUUUAACUUCUUGGGAAGCUUGCUGAGCACAUGUUCAUCAGACCUACCGCUUCUCCGAGAAGGUUUGUUGCGGAGGAGGAAGUCCCGCCCGCAGGCAUCUCUUACAGCCACUCAUAGCAGCACCCUGGCAGAGGAGAUUGUGUCCGUCCUGCGUACUCUGCACUCUCUCAGCCAGUGGAACAGCCUGAUAAACGAUUACAUCAACAGUCAGCUGAGCUCUAUCGGAGAUGUUAUGGCAGGCUGCCAGUCUGAAGCUUGUUUUUUGGAGGAAUAUUUCCCUGAUGCAGAUGGGCCCAGAGUUGGCAGUUUGAUGGCGGUGCUGGCAGUGAUUGGUGGAAUUGACGGGCGACUCAGGUUAGGAGGACAAGUCAUUCAUGAGGAGUAUGGCGAGGGAACAGUCACACGCAUCACCCCAAAAGGACGCAUCACUGUCCAGUUUCAUGAGAUGAGAACCUGUAGAGUUUGCUUGCUCAGCCAUCUCAAACCACUGCCAGCAGUAAUCUUCAGUGUGCAGAACCUCCCCUUCUCUGAGCCUAUGUUGGCAGUCUGGGCCCAGUUGGUCAGCCUGGCAGGGAGCAAACUGGAGAAACAAUGCAUGAAAAAGUCUCUUAGCCGAGGACUCACAGCUGACCAGGUGGACAUCCAUUUGCUUCGAUGCCAGCAGCUCCGGCUUUAUAUUCUGAAGGCAGGGCGGGCCCUGCUAUCCCACCAGGACAAACUCAGGCAGAUCCUCUCUCAGCCGGCAGUUGUUGACAUUGGACCCAGUCCCGGUGACGAUCCAGUGGUGUCUUCCCCUGAUGUUGGAGACUUGUCCCCAGAGGGUCCACUGCCUCCACUGAUCCUCCUGCAGCAGCUGCUGUCUGCGGCCACUCAGCCCUCCCCCAUCAAAGCUAUUUUUGACAGGCAAGAGAUGGAGGCGGCAGCUCUGGCAGUAUGUCAGUACCUGGCUGUGGAAUCUGCCCACCCCUCAUCCCCUCUGUUUGAAGAGAGCAGCUCCAGUGAGGCCACCACACCUGUGGCUGUACAGCAAAUCAGACCACCAAAACAGAAGAAACAGAAGACCUCCCCCGUACCCCCUCUUCCAAUAGUACUCCAGCUGAUGGAAAUGGGGUUCCCACGCAAAAACAUAGAGUUCGCCUUGAAAUCGCUGUCUGGUACCACCGGCAGUGCCUCUGGUGUUCCAGGUGUGGAGGCUCUUGUGAGCUGGCUGCUGGACCACCCAGACGUUCACGUCACUGAGCUCUCGGACGCCGACACCGUGUCCGAUGAAUACUCUGACGAGGAAGUGCUGGAAGAACUUGAGGAGGCGGAGCCAACAUUCACUGUGCCUCCAGGUGCCCUCGUGACCGAAAGCCAGACCUUUAAAAAGAGAUCGGACUUCCAAAGCAAUGAUGAUUACGCUGUUUAUGUGAGAGAGAACAUUCAGGUGGGGAUGAUGGUGAAGUGCUGCAGGACGUACGAGGAAGUAUAUGAUGGAGAUGUUGGAAAAGUGAUUAAGCUGGAUAGAGAUGGACUUCAUGACUUAAAUGUGCAAUGUGACUGGCAGCAAAAAGGUGGAACGUACUGGGUUCGCUACAUCAACAUCGAGCUACUUGGAUUCCCACCACAAAGUUCUCCCUCUCAUAUAAAGAUUGGUGACAAAGUGCGGGUAAAGCCCACAGUCACAACACCAAAGUACAAAUGGGGCUCUGUCACCCACAGGAGUGUCGGGGUGGUGAAAGCUUUCAGUGCCAAUGGAAAGGAUGUUAUCGUAGACUUUCCACAGCAGUCGCACUGGACCGGUUUGCUGUCCGAGAUGGAACUGGUGCCCAGUAUUCAUCCUGGAGUGAGGUGUGACGGCUGUCAGAUGUUCCCCAUCAACGGCCCAAGAUUCAAAUGUAAAAACUGCGACGACUUUGACUUUUGCGAAAACUGCUUCAAGACACGUAAACACAACACCAGACAUUCUUUUGGCAGAAUCAACGAGCCUGGCCAGUCCCCAGCUUUUUGUGGCCGGUCGGGAAAACAGCUCAAGAAGCAUCAUAACAGCCAGCGUGGGAUGCUGAUCGACGAUUGGUCUCGCGCUGUGAAGAGCCUAAACGUGUCUUCCUCGGUUAACCAGGCCUCGCGCCUCAUCGACUGCAGCGAUCAGUGUUGGCAAUCUUCCGGCUCACAGGGAAAGCACUGGAUUCGUCUGGAGCUGUUUCCCGACGUUCUCGUGCACAGGCUGAAGAUGAGUGUGGACCCUGCCGACAGCAGUUACAUGCCCUCACUUGUUGUGGUUUCUGGUGGAAGCUCUUUGAACAACUUAAUUGAGCUCAAGACUAUUAACAUAAAUCCCACAGACACCACCGUCCUUCUCCUUAGUGACUGUACUGAGUUUCACAGAUACAUCGAGGUUGCAAUCAAACAGUGCCGCAGCUCUGGCAUAGACUGCAAGAUUCAUGGACUUGGCAUUGUGGGACGCAUAAGAGCAGAGGAUGAAGAUCUGGCCACCGUCCCUUUUCUUGCUUCUGACAAUGAAGAAGAGGAUGAUGACAAAACUGCAACAGGGAGUCUCGCUCGGAAGAAGUCAUCAAUAUUAGAGUCGGCUGCCACCAUCAGGACCAAAGUCUUUGUUUGGGGGCUGAAUGACAAGGACCAACUGGGAGGACUUAAGGGCUCCAAGAUCAAGGUUCCUUCCUUCUCUGAGACACUCUCUGCACUCAACGUGGUGCAAGUUGCUGGUGGCUCCAAAAGCCUCUUUGCAGUGACUGUGGAGGGGAAGAUUUACUCGUGCGGAGAGGCCACCAAUGGGAGGUUAGGCCUGGGUCUGUCCAGCGGUACCAUCCCGAUCCCCCGUCAGAUCACUGCGCUCAGCAACUACGUGGUGAAGAAGGUGGCUGUGCAUUCCGGUGGGCGCCACGCCAUGGCCCUCACUGUGGACGGGAAGGUCUUCUCCUGGGGCGAGGGGGAUGACGGCAAGCUGGGGCACUUCAGUAGAAUGAACUGCGAUAAGCCUCGACUAAUUGAGGCGCUGAAGACUAAGCGCAUCCGUGACAUUGCGUGCGGCAGCUCCCACAGCGCGGCGAUCACCUCCAGCGGGGAGCUGUACAGCUGGGGUUUAGGCGAAUACGGCCGCCUCGGACACGGCGACAACACUACUCAGCUCAGGCCCAAGCUGGUGAAGGUGCUUCUUGGGCACCGCGUUAUACAGGUGGCCUGUGGUAGCAGGGAUGCUCAAACUCUGGCUCUCACUGACGAAGGAUUGGUCUUCUCCUGGGGUGAUGGGGACUUUGGGAAGCUGGGCCGUGGAGGCAGCGAGGGAUGCAACAUACCCCAAAACAUCGAGAGGCUCAACGGUCAAGGGGUCUGCCAGAUCGAGUGCGGAGCACAGUUUUCCCUGGCUCUGACUAAAUCUGGAGUGGUGUGGACCUGGGGCAAAGGCGACUAUUUCCGAUUGGGCCACGGCACCGACGUCCAUGUGCGAAAGCCCCAGAUGGUGGAGGGACUGAGGGGAAAAAAGAUUGUCCAUGUUGCUGUUGGGGCACUGCACUGUCUGGCAGUCACAGAGAGUGGACAGGUGUAUGCAUGGGGUGACAAUGACCAUGGGCAGCAGGGAAAUGGCACCACCACAGUUAACAGGAAACCCACACUGGUCCAGGGUCUGGAGGGACAGAAGAUCACUCGAGUGGCGUGUGGGUCCUCCCACAGCGUUGCCUGGACCACUGUGGAUGUGACAACGCCCUCGGUUCACGAGCCAGUCCUCUUUCAAACUGCCCGAGACUCCCUUGGAGCAUCAUACCUAGGUGUCCAGUCAGACAGUGACUCAUCAUCUGCGAGCAACAAGAUGAAUGGGCAGAGCAGCGUGAAGCCGAAUCGACCGUCACUGGCCAAAAUUCUCCUUAGUCUGGAUGGAAACCUGGCCAAACAGCAGGCUCUGUCUCAUGUGCUGUCAGCCCUUCAAAUAAUGUAUGCGAGGGAUGGAGUGGUCGGUGCUCUGAUGCCAGCCAGCAUGAUUCUGCCAGCUGAGUGUCCCGCCAGCUCCCCCAUCCCACCCUAUGACUCCUCGUCGUCAUCCUGUGUCAGCGAUGAGGAGUGUCCUCCUGUCCCUCCUGAAACCGAAGAAGCAGUCAGUCCCAAUCCCUGGCAAGACAAGAAGGGGGAGAUUCCUUCAUCAGAGGAUGCCGUCACCCCAUCGUCAGCUGUGACUCCCUCUGCCUGUGGAGCCUCCUCACGUCCUUUCAUCCCCGUCACAGAUGACCCCGGGGCAGCGAGCAUCAUAGCCGAGACCAUGACAAAGACCAAAGAAGACUCUGAGAGCCAGAGUAAAGUGGUGGGACCAGAGCCUCAGUACCUGGAUGAGUUCACGAGUCUGCUCGUGCCCGAUGACACUCGGGUGCUGGUUGACCUGCUGAAACUGGCAGUGUCGUGUCGUUCCGGGGAGAAAGGCAAGGAGGUGUUGUCUGCCGUGCUGUCUGGCAUGGGUACCGCUUAUCCACAGGUCGCCGACAUGCUGCUGGAGCUGUGCGUCACCGAACUGGAGGACGUUGCCACGGACUCACAGAGCGGCCGUCUGUCCUCCCAGCCGGUUGUUGUGGAGAGCAGUCACCCAUAUACGGAUGACAUGUCUACCAGUGGAACUGUGAAGAUCCCAGGUGCUGAGGGUCUUCGGAUAGAGUUCGAUCGGCAGUGUUCAACUGAGAGACGCCACGAUCCACUCACUAUCAUGGACGGAGCCAACAGGAUUGUGUCCGUCAGAUCAGGUCGAGAGUGGUCCGACUGGUCCAGCGAAUUACGGAUCCCUGGAGAUGAACUCAAAUGGAAGUUUACCAGCGACGGUUCAGUUAAUGGUUGGGGCUGGCGGUUCACUGUCUACCCUAUCAUGCCUGCAGCUGGUCCCAAAGAUUUGCUGUCUGAUCGCUGUAUCUUGUCCUGCCCCUCCAUGGACUUGGUCACAUGCCUCCUGGAUUUCAGGCUCAAUUUUGCCUCCAACAGGAGCAUUGUGCCCCGUCUAGCUGCUUCACUGGCAGCUUGUGCCCAGCUCAGUGCAUUAGCUGCAGGGCACAGGAUGUGGGCUCUGCAGAGGCUGAGAAAACUUUUGACCACAGAGUACGGUCAGUCCAUCAACAUAAACAGACUGCUGGGGGACAGCGAAGGCGAGGCUCGUUCUAUUAGUUUUACUGGCAGCGCGCUGGCUGCCCUUGUAAAAGGACUUCCAGAGGCUCUCCAGAGGCAGUACGAGUACGAGGACCCCAUUGUGAGGGGGGGGAAGCAGCUGCUGCACAGUCCAUUUUUCAAGGUCUUGGUCGCUCUCGCUUGUGACUUGGAGCUUGACACCUUACCCUGUUGUGCGGAGACCCAUAAGUGGGCCUGGUUCCGCCGCUACUGCACUGCCUCCAGAGUAGCUGUAGCUCUCGACAAGAGAACAUCUCUACCAAGAGCCUUCCUGGAUGAGGUCACCAAAAAAAUCCGCGAACUCAUGGCCGACCACGAGAGCAUGAACGCACUCCACGAGAGUCACGACUUAUUCAAGCGCGAGCACGACGAGCAGCUGGUGCAGUGGAUGAACCGGCGUCCCGACGACUGGACGCUCUCAGCGGGAGGAAGCGGCACCAUCUACGGCUGGGGACACAACCACAGGGGCCAGCUGGGGGGCAUAGAGGGGGCAAAGGUCAAAGUGCCCACUCCCACCGAAGCCCUCGCCACACUGCGGCCCGUCCAGCUAAUCGGGGGCGAACAGACUCUGUUCGCAGUCACUGCUGACGGAAAGCUGUACGCAACAGGAUACGGCGCCGGGGGCAGGUUGGGUAUCGGUGGCACCGAGUCUGUGUCCACCCCCACACUGCUAGAGUCCAUCCAACAUGUCUUCAUCAGGAAAGUGGCUGUGAACUCUGGGGGGAAGCAUUGCCUCGCCCUUUCCUCAGAGGGAGAAGUCUACUCAUGGGGAGAGGCUGAAGAUGGAAAACUGGGCCAUGGCAACAGAAGCCCCUGUGACCGACCUCGUGUAAUUGAGUCCCUAAGAGGAGUGGAAGUGGUGGAUAUCGCUGCUGGGGGGGCUCACAGUGCCUGCAUCACUGCCAGCGGAGAGCUUUUCACAUGGGGCAAGGGUCGUUAUGGACGACUGGGCCACGGGGACAGCGAGGACCAGCUUAAACCCAAGCUGGUGGAUGCACUGCAGGGUCACAGGGUCAUCGAUGUUGCCUGCGGCAGUGGGGACGCCCAGACUCUUUGCCUGACUGAUGAUGACAUGGUCUGGUCGUGGGGAGAUGGGGACUACGGCAAAUUGGGCCGAGGAGGGAGCGACGGCUGCAAAAUCCCUAUGAAGAUUGACUCUCUUACUGGCCUUGGAGUGGUCAAAGUGGAGUGCGGCUCUCAGUUUUCUGUGGCACUCACAAAAUCAGGAGCAGUUUACACAUGGGGGAAAGGGGACUACCACCGACUCGGCCACGGCUCCGAUGACCACGUAAGACGACCCAGACAGGUACAGGGGCUGCAAGGGAAAAAAGUUAUCGCCAUCGCUACGGGAUCCCUGCACUGUGUUUGCUGCACUGAGGAUGGAGAAGUGUACACAUGGGGCGACAACGAUGAGGGUCAGCUUGGAGACGGGACCACUAAUGCCAUCCAGAGGCCACGGCUGGUUGCUGCGCUGCAGGGCAAAAAAAUCAACAGGGUGGCCUGUGGCUCUGCGCACACUCUGGCCUGGUCCACCAGUAAACCCACUAAUGCCGGGAAGCUGCCCGCACAGGUUCCAAUGGAGUACAACCAUCUGCAGGAGAUUCCCAUCAUGGCCCUGAGAAACAGGCUGCUCCUGCUGCAUCACUUCUCCGAGCUUUUCUGCCCCUGCAUACCAAUGUUUGACCUGGAGGGCCGGCUGGGUCAAACAGGCCACGGCCCCUCCGUGGGCUUCGACACACUCAGGGGUAUCCUCAUUUCCCAGGGCAAGGAGGCGGCUUUCAGAAAGGUGGUACAAGCUACGAUGGUGCGGGACAGGCAGCAUGGACCCGUGGUGGAGCUGAACAGAAUACAGGUGAAGCGUUCCCGCAGCAAAGGGGGCCUGGCAGGUCCCGAUGGAACCAAGUCCGUGUUUGGUCAGAUGUGUGCCAAAAUGAGUUCAUUCAGCACAGACAGCCUUCUCCUCCCUCAUCGUGUGUGGAAGGUUAAAUUUGUCGGCGAGUCUGUGGACGACUGCGGCGGAGGCUACAGCGAGUCCAUAGCUGAGAUGUGUGAGGAGCUGCAGAACGCCCUCACUCCGCUGCUCAUCGUCACCCCCAACGGCCGCGACGAGUCGGGCGCCAACAGGGACUGCUUCCUGCUAAACCCCGCAGCCAAGUCCCCCCUUCACAUGAGCAUGUUCCGCUUCUUAGGAGUCCUCCUGGGAAUUGCGAUCCGAACCGGAAGUCCUCUUAGUCUGAAUCUGGCGGAGCCAGUCUGGAAACAGCUGGCAGGAAUGAACCUGACCAUCGCUGACCUCAGUGAGGUUGAUAAAGAUUUCAUUCCCGGCUUGAUGUACAUCCGGGACAACGAGGCGACGGCCGAGGAGUUUGAGGCGAUGACGCUGCCCUUCACCGUGCCCAACGCCAGCGGUCAGGACAUCCAGCUCAGCUCAAAGCACUCGCACAUCACCCUGGAGAACCGAGCCGAAUACGUCCGACUAGCCAUCAACUACAGACUCCAUGAGUUUGACGAGCAGGUGUCCGCGGUACGCGAGGGAAUGGCCCGUGUGGUUCCCGUCCCCCUGCUGUCGCUUUUCACCGGUUACGAGCUGGAGACCAUGGUGUGCGGGAGUCCAGACAUCCCGCUGCACCUGCUGAAGUCAGUGGCAACUUACAAAGGCGUGGAGCCCACGUCGCCGCUCAUCCAGUGGUUCUGGGAGGUGAUGGAGUCCUUCUCCAACACGGAGAGGUCCCUUUUCCUGCGCUUCGUCUGGGGCCGCACACGGCUGCCACGCACCAUCGCCGACUUCCGGGGACGGGAUUUUGUCGUGCAGGUCCUGGAUAAAUACAAUCCUCCGGACCACUUCUUGCCAGAGUCCUACACGUGCUUCUUCCUGCUGAAGCUGCCCAGGUACUCGUGCAAACAGGUGCUGGAGGAGAAGCUGAAAUACGCCAUCCACUUCUGCAAGUCCAUCGACACGGACGACUACGCCCGCAUCGCCCUGUCCGGGGAGCCGGCGGCCGACGACAGCAGCGAGGACUCCGACAACGAGGACGCCGACUCCUUCGCCUCCGACUCAACCCAGGACUACCUAACAGGACACUGAAGACUCUGCAGAGAGACGAAUCAAAGACGCCCUGCCACCGAGAAUGCAGUAUUCUCCUCUAAUGCACACAUUCGAACAGGCAUUCUGCUGAGACACAAACGUCUGUGGAGGGGGGGGGGGGAUGUGCAAUGAGCUUUAAGAAGCAUUAGAAGUUAAAGAGAGCAGCAGAUGACACCAGAUUGCUCUGAUUUAGUUUCUUUAAAAAUGAAGCUGAGCGAUCAGCUGCACAUGUGGUUGUCGUGUUACAUUGGAAUUAUGUAUGUUAUUAUAGUUACAAAGUUGGAAAAAAAAAAAGGCUCCAGCCUAGCACUGUGGUAGAAUUCUCCCUCCGGUUUGUGUGAAUUACCCUUCCCUAGACUGUAUAUAGAAAUUAACGUGCAACAAGAGUAGUAUCAUUUUUGUUGGUAACAGCCAUGUUUCUUUGUAUGAAUAAAAGAAAAACAUUUUUAACUCAAAGUCAGUGUUUCUCACACGGCUCACUUCAGUCCGAGCCCACUGAAGUCAUUUUAAGAGUCUUGUAUUUAGCCUCUACCUUCCACCAUGUUUGUGCACUGUCUCCUUAAAGAAUGUACAUAAUAUGAUCGUGCCAUGUAUUGACAGUCUCAUUCCUGCAUAUUAAAUGUUAAUACAAUUCUGUUAAUAAAUAAGACAUAAAAAAAUAAGAAUUUCACUCAAGGCUGCCACAAUUCUUUUGCCUCUCU